UCCCUGGUCGUGUGUGUUUGUACAUUUCUCGGGACGUGAAAUUGAGAGUGAAAAGCAUGGCAGAUGAGCAAGAAAUCAUGUGCAAAUUGGAAAGCAUUAAAGAGAUCAGGAACAAGACCAUGCAGAUGGAGAAGAUCAAGGCACGUUUGAAAGCUGAGUUUGAGGCCCUUGAAUCAGAGGAGAGGCACCUGAAGGAAUACAAGCAGGAGAUGGACCUGCUGCUACAGGAGAAGAUGGCCCAUGUGGAGGAACUCCGACUGAUCCAUGCUGAUAUCAAUGUGAUGGAAAACACCAUCAAACAAUCUGAGAAUGACUUAAAUAAGUUGCUAGAGUCUACUCGGCGGCUACAUGAUGAGUAUAAGCCACUGAAGGAACAUGUGGAUGCCCUACGUAUGACUCUAGGCCUGCAGAGGCUCCCUGACCUAUGUGAAGAGGAGGAGAAGCUCUCCUUGGAGCCUGCUUGUCAUGUCAUCAGCAAAUUCAUCGGAAUGCACCUAUAUGCCCUCUGUGCAAAGCCAAGAGUCGGUCCCGGAACCCCAAAAAGCCAAAACGGAAGCAGGAUGAAUGAAGAGAUGGAGAACCCAUGGAGCUCUGCUACUCAUAACCUCUCCCCUUGGCCAGAGUGAUUAAUGUCCUGAUUUGAAACCACCCUACCCCACCUCUACUGAGUUUCCUAUUUAAUGUGAUGGAAGCACAACCCCUCUCACUUUGCUCUUAUUUCUUUCUUCUCUUGGGGUUUCUGACUUAAGAAGAGAUAUGGUUCAGGUGCUAAUGACAGUGUAUCUGAUGAUCCCUUCUCUCCCACUCACAUUUCAACCCCUGCCCUUGUUUGAAGCUGAAGGAAGGGCACAAGGCCCAGAUGUGAUUCUCUGCCUCUUGUGUCUGAUGCCUGGGGCCUAAGGGCUGAGGGCUGGAGGAGGCCCUUGUUUCAGGUGAAGGCUCCAGUGUGCCCCUUCCCUGUACUUUUGCCUUAGGCUCUGAAGGGACAACAGUCUUCUUGCUGGACUUUCCAGUAAACUUAGUGUAUAUAUCUUCCCCAUGUGCCCCUUCAUUUCAUCUCAUCUAAGCAAGGGCCAGAGGUAAGUUGGACAAGCCCACCUUUUCAUCUUCAUUUGGGAGGCCUGGCUGUUAUUAUGGAGUUCACUCCCAUGCCAGUCUCCCAGAUAUGCUAAAGUUCUCAGGUACAGGUUGUGUGUCUAGAGAUCCUGAGAUCCCCAUAACUCUCAUUUUUCAAAUCAGUGGCAGAAGUUCCCCACAGUGAAAUCAGAGAGCCACACCCACUCCGCAAAUCCUAAAUAACUUGCUGCCUAAAUCAUUGGGCUCUACUGUAGGGGCUACCUUAGGAUGAGAGGAGCCCCAGGCUGACAUCUGUGUUGCCAAGUGUCCAAAACCAUUUUUGUUCAAAACCAUUAUUCUGGCACUUACUCAAUGAUAUAUCUUAGGGGUUAGAGGCAUGAGUUGAGAGUCAAGUGAAUGCCAACCAUUUUACAUAUGUAAGAGUGUGGGACUUCCCCUCCAUUCAUCUCUCCCUCUCUUGGGUCCACCCUCUUCUAUAAGGUAGCCUCAGCUCAGGUCAGCUGCUGGCCACCCCCUUUCCUAUAGAUUCUGUUGAUGGCCUUCCCUUACAGAAGAAAAGGCACUGGACUCCCCAGGCCCUACAGUUCUCCUCUCUACCAAAAUCAGAUCUCUAGUCAAGUCACUCUUAGUCUUAAAGGACAGAGAUGGGGGUUGGCUUUAGAUCCAAGUCUCAGUCCCUGGUUGGGAAAGGGGAUAUUUUCCUUUCUUUUCUUAACUGUAGUUUUAAUUUGCCACAGUGUUUUUUAUUCAUAAUAUAAAAAGUUCCUCUGCUCUUUGAAAGUGAGAGUGUUAUGUCUGUACAAAUUCUUUUAAAUAAACAUUUGUUCAUUGG